AUGGCGUCAACUGAGAUAGCAAGGCAAGCGGGUGAAGGUGCUCGCACUGUCCCUCUGGCAGGCCAUGUCGGCUUUGAUAGCAUGCCUGACCAGUUGGUCAAUAAAUCUGUCAACCACGGAUUCUGCUUCAACAUCCUCUGUGUUGGUGAGACGGGUCUGGGGAAGUCCACCCUCAUGGACACGUUGUUCAACACCAAGUUUGAGGGCGAGCCCACCCAGCACAACCAGCCGGGAGUCACGCUGAAGUCCAACACUUACGAGCUCCAGGAGAGUAACGUGCGCCUCAAACUCACCGUCGUCAACACGGUGGGAUUCGGAGACCAAAUCAACAAAGAGGACAGCUACAAGUCUAUCGUGGAGUUCAUCGAUGCCCAGUUUGAAGCGUAUCUACAAGAGGAGCUGAAAAUCAAGCGCACGCUACACAGCUACCACGACACACGCAUCCACGCGUGUCUUUAUUUUAUAGCACCCACGGGACACUCGCUCAAAUCCCUGGACUUGGUGACUAUGAAGAAACUUGAUAGCAAGGUCAACAUUAUCCCAAUCGUUGCCAAGUCGGACGCCAUCUCCAAGAGCGAGCUGGCCAAGUUUAAACUCAAAAUCACCAGCGAGCUGGUGAGCAACGGGGUGCAGAUCUACCAGUUCCCCACUGACGACGAGUCUGUGGCAGAGAUCAACUCCACCAUGAACAGCCAUUUGCCAUUUGCCGUGGUGGGGAGCACGGAGGAAGUGAAGAUUGGGAACAAGAUGGUGAAGGCCCGGCAGUACCCCUGGGGGACCGUGCAGGUGGAAAAUGAGAAUCACUGUGACUUCGUCAAGCUGCGGGAAAUGCUGAUCAGAGUGAACAUGGAGGACCUGCGAGAGCAGACUCACACCCGCCACUAUGAGCUGUACCGCCGCUGCAAACUGGAGGAGAUGGGCUUCAAGGACACGGACCCUGACAGCAAGCCCUUCAGUCUGCAGGAGACAUAUGAAGCGAAGAGGAACGAGUUCAUGGGGGAACUGCAGAAAAAGGAGGAAGAAAUGAGACAGAUGUUUGUCCAAAGAGUGAAAGAGAAGGAGGCUGAGCUCAAAGAAGCCGAGAAAGAGCUGCACGAGAAGUUUGACCGUCUGAAGAAGCUCCACCAGGACGAGAAGAAGAAAGUGGAGGACAAGAGGAAGUCCCUGGACGACGAGCUCAACAUGUUCAAACAGAAAAAGACUGCCGCAGAGCUCUUGCAGAACCAGGCCCAGCAGGCAGGGGGCUCCACCACACUCAAGAGGGACAAAGAGAGGAAAAAUAAUCCCUGGCUCUGCACUGAGUAGCUCCUCAGCCCUCAAGCUUUGCUGAGGGAGCGGCCUUUGUGGGUACUGAGUACCUCAAAUGUGACCAGCGGCUUUGUGGACCCCGGGCUUCAGGGUUUCUUAAUCAUUACCUGCUCUGCUAUCAUAUGAAUUCAUGUGUGUUUCGCUGCAGCUCUAACCUCACCCCCAGCAAUCUAAUUCUUGCUUCUUGUGCCUUUUUGCUUUUGUUUAUAUGUGCACUGUUUGUGUUUUGAUGUGACUAACACUUUUUCCACUUGAUUUGGUGCACUUGUUUAUUUAUUGGCAUAUUUGGAUAAUUAUUAACACUUUUUCUCAUUCAAAUGUACCACAGAGGAAAAGACAAUCACUAGUGGGCACAAUAUAAUCACAAUAAUAACUCGGGAUGUUAUGCUUAAUAUUUUUGUUUUAACAACUAUUAUCCCAGGGAUUUUUACCACCUAAUUUUGUAUUGUGAUAAUCAAACAUUUUCUACCUGAUAUUAGAUGAACUUCUAAAUCUAAAACCUGACCCAUGAUUUUUGUUUUUCUGCUUUUCCACCUCUCUAACUGCUGGCUUUCUCUCUCUUUGUCUCUUUAGCUUCUUUUAAUCUCUCUUGACCACCUGAAGAGGGGAUUGCAGCUUCGGCAAGAACUAAGCACCCUUUACCUCUUCCAGUUUUUUCCUCGCUGUAUCAACCCUUUUUUAUUCUCCCCAUCGCAUCUCUUUUUGUUGAAUAUGGCCUUAUGUGGACUGGCAUGGUAUUUCUGACCACCUAUUGAAGCUCUAAACCCACGCUGGUUGGGAACCGGGCACAGUUUCAAUCUUUAAUGUCUUAAUGUAUAUAAAGAGACUCUUGUAGUAAAUAAAAGCUGGGGUUCACACAUUUGCAGGACUCAUAGGUGAAAUCAUUAUUUGAUCUUGCACUAUGCAUUUGUCUUUUCAAUAGGAUUAUAAGUACAUGUGUACAUUAAAAGGAGAGUUUGGAUGUUUUUAAGUUGGGUUUCAUUAAGUACUUCUCCUAACUCGGUGUAUUACCUACAGUACAUACACGUCUCCAGUUUGGAGAAACACAGUUACAUUCAAAAUAAACCUAAGCAAUGUACUGCUGUGGACAGAGGCACUAUUUUAGCCACCAAUUUACAUCGAUUUUACUUGUAGUCAGACAGCCAUUGCUGACUGGGAACUGAUGUUGUUUAAUACAUUUAUGCACUCUCCACCAGACUCCAUUGACAUUGGUGUCGAUGGUCUAUCGCUGCCUCAACCAGUUAGUAUGUUGAUGUGUGAAUUUGUUAAGUAUGGAUCUAAAGAAUUAUCAAAAAUAUUCUAAAUAUAGCGACACGUAAGGGGGCAAAAAAGUGUUUUGCUGUUGCCAUGUCCAGAGCUGUUCAUGCUUUGCUUCAGUGUUCGAACUGUCUGUUUCUCAAAUGUAGGGGUGUGCCGACCAACAUCUGUAGGUAAUAAACUGACUGUGUAUAAGUGCCUCAAGCCUACUUUAAACAUUUCUAACUAUUCCUUAUAAGGGAUUAGAUGAAACAUCAAAGCUUAUUUGAAAACGAAACUCAUCAAGGACAGAAGCACUUAAUGCACUAUGUGUAAUGUGUUAUGGAUAUAAUGAGUUAUCACGUUGUUUUUCUUAAAUCUAUUCAGUUAAAAAUGUAUAUCUCCUGCUCUCUGAUUUUAUGAACAUUACAAUUAAAUUAAGAGUCAUACUCAUGAAAAAUCCAAAGCAAUAUUUCUACUUAGCACUUCAUUUGAUGGUGCCCAUGUUUACAUGUCGCUGUUAAAUACCAUGGAGGUCACAUGUAAUGGCCUUUUGUUACACAUUGUGCUUUAAUAUUCACAAGCCUGUUCUAUUUUGUUUUGUUUUUGCAUGCAUCUUUUUAUUUCAUUACUGCUGUGAUCUUUGACUUUUGACUUGCUUGUUUUUAUCCCCUAAUAAUUCAAUUUUGCAGUCUAUUUCAACUACAUUGCUGUUUUUCUUCAAAUGGUGCAUUUUAUUAAUGUAUAUUUGCUCUGUCCUAUGUUUUCAACUCCCUUUGCCAAAUCUUAGUAUAAGAUGGAGUUGAACUGAAAACCAGAUGGGAGUAUUAAAAGUAUACUGAUGCAUUUGUAUAAUUUAUAAGGAUAUAUUUUGUGUAUUGAAGUGGAGACUUGUUGUUUAUUACCUAUGACCUUUGGACGUGACUCUCUGAGUGUAAAGUAACAUUUUGGUGUCAAAAAAUGCCAUACAUUUUUCUAGUAUCAGUCAUCACCUCUUGUAGUCAAAAACUCUCCCACACUACAAAUAAUUAAAUAUCUUACUUUAGUUUGAUUCCAUUGAUGUACAUUUUCAAUAAAAAAAUAUGAUCCAGAACUAUAA